AUGGAAAAAUCAACCAAUCAUAACAUAUCUCAACUACAAUAUAGUGUCAUCAAACUCCUCCCACUUCCUCUUUCUUUGCUGCUUGCCUCCCAGGUGAGUCUGCUCCAAUUACAUUGCCUUACUGGUUUAAGUUAAUUCAAUAUUUUUUUAUUUAAACCUUGUUACUGCAUACUCAGAAUUCAUCUUAAAAUUUUUUAUUUUUUAAUUUAAUCACCUUUCCCUUUAAAUAUUUCCUCUCUUUUCCUCACACAUAUUUUGUAUUUUUCUUAUUUCACUGUUCUGUUAUUUUGAUUGUUUUCUCCUUUAAAUUUAGGUGUCCUAACCGUUUUUUUUUUUCAGUGCAGGAAGGGAUUUUUCAAACCCUGCCGCUUUCAAUCAGCUGGCCGCGGCCCAUUCUCUGCCUCUCUUCAGCCGCGGACUCCAUUUCCCAGAGCCGCGGCUGCUAUUUCCCGCCAUUACCUUCCUCCCGCCUACCAAAGGCGUCUCUUCUUUGACGCGGACCUUUCCCGUCCUUUCUACGGCGGCGAUCUCGCGGCGGCCAUCUUAAGCCUUAGUAGUAACGGCCAACGGCUCCUCCACUGCGGCGUACAAAUUUUUACAAUCAUCCUAGUGGAUACAGACCUUAUUAAUAGUUUGUGGAAGGUAGGUUUGCUGCCACCUUAUAUCUUCACCUCUUUUUCACAAGCUCAUUAAAAACGAUCAUUUACUUAUCUAUCUCCUAUCUGUUUUUUUCCACAGGCUUUGCCCACACAGGACCAUUUUAUUACUAUCUGGGUGAACCCCUUUCCUUAA